AUGGGACCCAGAGCUCGGCAGACUGCAGCGCUUCGCUUGGCUGCUGUGCUGCAGGUGGUUCAUGUGGUCACAGGCCAGUACAAGAUCAUCCCCCCUGAGGGGCCUGUGAUUGGGGUGGUUGGCAGAGGAGUGACCCUGCCCUGCCAGCUGAAGGUGGACACCAUCCCCGAGAGGGUUUUGGUCCAGUGGGAGUUCAGCAGCAGCACUCUCAGAGCCGAGGUGGCCUCCUACGACAGCAGCAAGCCACACAGCCCAGUGCUGGAGCAGAAGGGCUACCAGGGCAGGACAGAGUUCUUCCAGCCUGAGUUCCUCCAGGGGAAUGUCUCCCUGCACCUGAGGCAGGUGCAGCUCUCGGACAAGGGCAGAUACAGCUGCAGUGUCUUCGCCCACAACUGGUACGACCAAGUGGUGGUUGACCUGGAUGUGGCAGCUGCAGGUGAGGAGGCUUCGCUCUUCCUGGAGGGCCCUGUGGGCUGGGGCAUUGCCCUCACCUGCAAGUCCCAGGGGUGGUUUCCAGAGCCUGAGGUGGUCUGGAUGGACAGCCAAGGACCAGUACAGAGGGACAAAGUCACCACCCAGAUCAUAAGGACCUCUUCAGGCGUUUUUGAUGUUGUAAGUUCCACAACUCUCCAGCCAGGAGCCGACAAGGAAGUGUCCUGCAGAGUAGUCAACAACCUGCUCAACGCCAGGCGCGAGUCCAGAGUCCUCAUUGCAGGUGACCUCUUCUCCUCCACAUCCCCCUGGCUGGCAGCCUUCCUUGUGAUGCUUCCUCUCAGCGCAGCUGUGCUCAGGGUCACAGUGUACAAACUCAUCCGUAGCCUCUUGGAGUCCCAGCGAGCAGGCCUGGGACUGCUCAGUCUGGAAAAGAGGAGACUGAGAGAAAAGGCUGCUCUGGAGAACACAUUAGAGUCACAGAAGGGGACAAAUGAAGCAGCUCUGGCUGACCAGAAACACCGCCUGGAGCAAAUCCAGGCUGAGAAGGGGUUCUGGGAAGCCAAGAACUGUGCAGUUGCCAUCACUGUGACUGCUGAGUGCCGAGUGCUGGAGCUGCAGGUGCCAGGGGCUGCAGGUGUGGAGAGCAGCACAGCUGAGCCUGCUGCAGCCAACACUCCCUGCACAGUCCCUGUCCUGCUGGGCAAGGAAGGCUUUGCAGAGGGGAAGCACUACUGGGAGGUGGAGGUGGAGCAGCAGCAGGACUGGGUGCUGGGGGUGGUGAGGCACAAGGGCAGAGAGGAGAAAGGAAGGAGCCUCCUUGGGCAGGAGUAUUGGGCCCUGCACAGGUCUCAGGGGGAGGUUUUCUCCAGUGAGGGACUCUCCAGGGUUGAGAAGCAGCAGCUGAGCAGUGCAGUGGUUGGGGUGCUCCUGGACCUGGAGGAAGGGCAAGUGAACUUCUACGAGGCAGAGCAGAAGGUCACCCUGGUGAGGCUGCCUCUAACACUUGACAAGAAGCCUACAGAGAAGUUGUACCCAUUCCUGUCCAAAGGAAAGGGGAGAUCCAUGCCUCACAUCCACCCAGUCUCAAUCCCUGUCCCAUUAAAGCUUUGAAUAUGGCAGUGAGGUCCUAAUGGCAUAGAGAGAGUUCAGUGGAAAGAGGAAAAGUUCCAUCUCAGACAUGAGCAGUCUAAAACUAAGGAAACUUAAGACUAAAACAGGAGGAGAACUGACAAAGAGGAAAAAGUACCAGAAGUCAUCUCCUGGAAAGGUGUUUGGGUCAGAUUCAGACAGCCCCAGGCAGGAGUCUGAGCUCCCAACACAGGUCAUGAAGGUUUCUCCAGCAGAGCACUGGUUUGAGUUGUUUCCUGCUCUGAUUUGCACUCCAUGCUUUGUAUUUAUGCCCAGCUGGAGGCCACCCCCAGAUGUGGGCAGGGGAAAUGCUGCCAUUGUUCUGUACCAAGCAAUGAAAUAAAGGAAGAGCAAUUUCACCACUUUGAAAA